AUGAGCCAGAACACCAACUCCCACUUGGCCGAUUCACCCCAGCUCUCCAAGAGCAGCCUGCUCAAUAUCCUGGGCAGCCCUCAGCCCGAAAGGAUGAGCCUCUCCGAUUCCCUGCCUGCCACCCCAAAGAGUGGCACCCCUUCGCCCGGCCCCCCUCCACAGCUCCCCUUGUUGAGCGCUGGCUGCCUGGACGGUGACUGGGAGAGCCGGGAGGAGCUGCGCUUGCGGGAGCUGGAGGAAGCGCGGGCCAGAGCCGCCCAGAUGGAGAAGACGAUGCGCUGGUGGUCAGACUGCACCGCCAACUGGCGGGAGAAGUGGAGCAAGGUGCGCGCCGAGCGCAACAAGGCCCGAGAGGAGGUGCGCCAGCUGCGCCAGAAACUGGAGACCCUGACCAAGGAGCUGACCGGCCUGAGACGGGAGAGGCAGGAGGUGCUGAAUGAGAAUGAGCAGCUGGGCAAAGAGGUGGCCCGGCUGAAGGGAGAGUGCAAAGGGGAGAAGGAGAAGGAGCUGGACAACCGGGUCGCGUCCGAGAAGGAGAGCGAGGCCUCCCCAGAGCAGGAGCCCGUGCGGGAUGUGGGCUCUGAGAGGCUGCCGAAAAACAAGGUAAGUAGGGGGGUCGGGGCACAAGUGGCCUGUUUCAUAUGGAGGACUCGUAGGGAUAGAGGAAGCUGCCUCAUACCAGUCCAUUUGGCCCAUCUCGUACAAUAUUAUCCACACUCUGGGAUUUCAAGUGAGAGUGUCUCCCAGCCCUGACUGGGGGUUGAACCUGGGACCUCUUGCACAUGGCGCAAGAUGCUCUGUCCCUGAACUGCAGCCCUUCCACUGAAAACAAAUCAGGGUUCCAGACCUCAUGGUUGUGAAGAAAGAGAUGACUUAUUUACUUAUAGGGGAGAACAGUCAUUGUAGGGUUAGGGGAAAGGCCUGUGUGUUUAUCUCGUGCCCCAGUAAUUGCACCAAGCAAGUGCAAAGUUUCAACUGCACAACCUUGCCAAAGUUCCUUGUGAGCAAUUCUCAAUAAAUAGCCUGGAAUUCAGAACUUGAACAGGUGGAGCUUUUCGCACCAGUUAUUUCAGUGCCAGGAACAGCUUCAGUUAACUGCAUUCUGCAUAUUUAAGGUGCAAGGGCUGUUUUAAAAGGUGGCAAUCUUCUCCAUGCAUGACAGGGAGGCCUUGAGGAGGUCGCAUGGAAAGUGGGGCCAGCCAGGAUAAUUGUCAGCAGUCAUUUAACCUGUCAGUUUAUUUCCUCUUGUUUAGCACAACAAGCCACACCAACUUCUGGUAUCCAAAUACUUUUCCUGUUUUAUAUCUUGAUUUACUGAAAUACAAGUAGAGCAAGACAUUUUUGCGGGUGUACAAAUUUCUUUGCAGAGAAAGGUCUUUGCAGACCCUCAUUUGUCUUUUGCUUUUAUCAAUCCUCUGGAUGCCGUGCCUUGGAUUGCUUGCCAGUGUGGUGUAGUGGUUAAGAGCGGUAGUCUCGUGAUCUGGUGAACCGGGUUCGCGUCUCCGCUCCUCCACCUGCAGCUGCUGGGGGACCUUGGGCCAGUCAUACUUCUCUGAAGUCUCUCAGCCCCACUCACCUCACAGAGUGUUUAUUGUGGGGGAGGAAGGGAAAGGAGAAUGUUAGCCGCUUUGAGACUCCUUAAAGGGAGUCAAAUCCAAACCCCCCUUCUUCUUCUUCUUCUUCUUCUUCUUCUUCUUCUUCUUCUUCUUCUUGCCUUGACGUCUCUCUGGCCUUUUUGUUUCCCCUCCCAAAAAACUGAAUAUUUUUGGGGGGAUGAGGAGGCUUUUACAAAGCAACUGAAAUGCGAAAUAAUGAGGCGUUAGGCUGUGAGAAAGUGCAGGGAUGGGAAUUUUGGCUCCCAUAAAGAGCCAGCUGGUACACAUCAAAAGGAAAUUGCUUGGACUCAAAGGCAGAGGCCGAUGGGAACUGAUGGCUGAGAAGAUAAUUUCACAUAUGCAGAAUAUAGAGGGUAGAGCAAUUUGUUGUCUUCAGAGUAGUUACAAUUUGCUAAACUCCUCCCUGUUGCCUGUGCUCUAGGACGAUGGAAUCGCUCUAUGGUGUCUUGGUUUUACUGGCCAAGCACAGCACUUUGGGCAGAGAGUUGCAAUCAGGGCUAAUGGGCAACUCAUUCACCUUCGCAUUUCGUUAUAUUUAAACUAAACACUCUUAGAUGACAAUUUGGCAGGUUUCAUUGAGUACCAGUAAAUUGCCUAGUUCAGGCAAUCCUCCAGUCAUUGUGUGAAAUACCAGAAAUAAUCCUUAGGUUCUCUCUCUCUCUCUUUCUUGCAUAGCUUCACUCGCCAUUGUUUUGUUCCGGUUGCCAUGAUGUCCAAAUCUGUAACUAUCAGUUGCACUUGCAAACCUGAAUUGCAAACCAUGGUUUGAGGUGGGAUUUCAAUUCCAUUUUGGAGGACAUUGGAAACCAUGGUCGAUUCAGAUGCAGGGACACAGGAAGCUUAAAUAGGAAGCUUAUUUUGCCUUAUACAGUCAAAAUGAUUGAUCUGUCUAGCUCAGUGUUGACUACACAGACUGGCAGGAGCUCUCUACAGUUUAAGGCAGGGGUCUCUCCCAGCCUUCCCUGGAGAUAACCAAGGAUGGAACCUGGAACCUUCUGCAUGCAAAGCAGAUGCACUGCUACUGAGCUUCAGACAUUCUCCAUGGCAAAUUAUGUUUUAUGAUAAACUGAAAAUGAAGGUGUGCUGGAGAGAGAGGAAAAGGGUGCAAGGGAGACCGUGGCUCAUUUCCUGUCCUUGAAACCACAGUUUGGAGUUGCCAUCCCUUCCCAACAUGUGACUGCGAGUCUUGAAUAGAGCUUCUACCUUCCCCCCCCUUCUCUCAGUCCCCUACGCAGCACAUAGGUUCUGCAUUAAGUUUUCCCUCCUAGCAAACUUUUAUUCCUUUACAGAAUUUCGACACUUUCAAGUUCAAUGAUUCCUUCUUUGCAGAUAGAAUGUUCGUGAAUAUUCUGUGACAUCACAGCAGUUCAGCCAAUAGCACAGGAGCAGCUGCUUGCAAGCAAAUGUUUUGUGUGUGUUUAACACGAGAAAUUAUAGAUAAUUAAUCGCCCCUGAUCCGAUCGGCAUUGUAACUUUGUUUGUAUGUAUGUCACUUUCCAACAAUAAACAUAUACCUAAAGAAUACACUGCAGCAUGUAGAACAUGCUAGAAUAGCCUUUGCCAGCCUGGUGUCUUAUAGUUCUUUUGGCAGAGCUGACUGGGGCUGAUGGCAACUGCGGUCCAAAACAUCUGGAGGGCACCAGGUUGGCAAAGGCUGCACUAUCAUAACAUUGUUGUUGUUGUUUAGUCGUUUAGUCGUGUCCGACUCUUCGUGACCCCAUGGACCAGAGCACGCCAGGCACUCCUAUCUUCCACUGCCUCCCGCAGUUUGGUCAAACUCAUGCUGGUAGCUUCGAGAACACUGUCCAACCAUCUCGCCCUCUGUCGUCCCCUUCUCCUUGUGCCCUCCAUCUUUCCCAACUUCAGGGUCCAGGGAGUCUUCUCUUCUCAUGAGGUGGCCAAAGUAUUGGAGCCUCAGCUUCACGAUCUGUUAGUGAAUUUCCUGGCAACUGGCAACAUUCACUAGAAAAAUCAUAAUAGCCCCCUCCAGUUUCUCCCAUGCACAUUGUUUUGUUUUGUUUAUAAACAGUCAUCUAAGUAAAAGCCAUUAUAAGAUCAUGAAGCAAUCAUUAAUAUCUGCCCAUAUCCUGUUUUACUUGUGUGUUUCACCUUGCUGUGCAUGUCUAGAGCAGAAAUCCUGCUAUGCAAACCUCGCUUUUCCAGAACGCAUCGAUUUGGAGGACUGAAACAAGUUCCGCUCACUCAUAGACACUUCUCAGAGAGGUGGAAGCAGCUUUUCCCUGAGGAGAGCGAGCUCUGAUGUUCCAGCCCUGGAGUUAGUGGUGCAUUCCUGGCCAGGGUUGCUGCUAAGCCACCCACAGGCUUAGCCGUAAUCCAGGGUUGUCCUCAGGGUAAGGUGAGAGUGGGAGUCGAAACCUGCACACUGGUAAUCAGCUGUCAAGCCCUGCGUGACUUUGUCAUUUCAAAAAAAAAGCAUUUUAUUGCUUUUUCACAUAUAAUAAACAUAAUUUAAAACGCAAAAAAGAAUUGCAGCUAGUCUCUCAUCUGUAUUGAGAAAAAAGCGCAACAUUUUAGAGCCUGUUUAUAAUACAUGUUACAGUCUCUGACCCGGUAGGUCUCUGCUUCCGUGGGUCUGAGGUUGUCUCGAUUGACCAUCACAUCUCAUAUGGGGAAUGAACAGGGUGGAUUUGAUUUAAAUCAAAUCAAUUUAAAUCACGAUUUAAAUUACUAGUCAGUAAGACUUGAUUUAUUUUUUAUUUUUUUUUAUAAUAUUUUUUAUUGCAUUUUUCCAGAUAGAAAUACAAG